AUGCUAAGAAGCGCGACGAGGACACGCAGCCGCCCUCGCACCUCGACGCGGGACGCAGGGAGGCGGGUUCCCGGGCGGCCCCGCCCCGCCGGUCCCGCUCGUCCCGCGCAGCCGCGCUCGCUCCCCACAGUCUCGUCGCUCGCUCCGCAGAAGCCGCUUCCGUUUCCAGCGCCGCGUUCCGGCCACACCUGCCUCUGCCCGGCUCGCCCUGCCCGCCCCACAGGAGGAACCCGGCGAGCUAUGUCCGAGGAGGAUUAUCUCUCCAUCAAUGUUGAGGAUGAUGAAGCAGUGAUUAUUGACCAUGGAGAAAAUGGACCAUCCAUACAAGACUGCAUGUCAAUGGAAGAAAACUCUGAAGUAAACAGUGUUGUUAACCAUGUGGCUGAACUUGCCUAUGGAAGCGAAGGCUUAUCGACGCUAGCUGAACAAGUGGCAUCACAAAUGAGCCAUUCUGCAAGUAUGCAGAGAGGAAAUGGUUACAACCCUGAAAAAAUGGAUUUUCUGUUUUCACAUAAUAAAAGAAAACGACUUGCCCCUUCUCUGUUGAGGCAGAAUGUGAUGAGAGCUGGGGAAGGAGAAUACGAAGAUAGCGACAGUGUCGUUUAUGAGUAUGAACCAGACUAUGAAUGUGGGAGUAUUGUAUCUGAAGCUUCCUACACUGGAGAUCAGCAGAAAACUCUUAUGGAGGUCCUCUGUUAUUGCCAGGCCAUGUAUGAUGCCAUUCAGAAAUUGGAUAGAAAAUUUGACCUGCUUCAUCGGAAGGUCUCAGAAAUGCAGCAUACUCGUGUAAAGCCACUGGUGCUCAGACCAGAAGCUAACGUGGCAGUGGAGACAUCCCUUGAAAAUUCAGCAGAUUGGAAACCGGUUGGAUUUACAUACAGAAGUUCCAGUCAUUUCCCUCAAGGAAAAAUAAGAGUACAAAAAUCCAUGGAAAGGGAACCAAGUCUUCAUCUCUCUUCAUCAGGCCAGGGAAGGCAUAGCCCAGUCAUAAGGGUUGCUUUACAAAAUGGCCAUAUUCAAGUCAAUUCCACAAUAAAACAUGUUCCACAGAGUCUUCAGCUUGAAUCACAGCAGCCUGUUCAUAGACAGAGCCCACCACUCCCUACUAUUGUUUCUACGCAUUCAUUGCAUUCAUCAUACACAGCAGCUAACAGGAUGCCUGACCUUUCUCCACAAUCAAAUCUUGUAGCCGGUGUUGUGGAAAGUACUGUCAAUGUUGCAUCUUCAACGGUGGCAUCUUCAACAGUGGCAUCAUCAUCGAUGCCAGUACCAUCUGAGACCAGUUUGGGAAAUAAUGCUGUGGUGGCCAACUACAAAAGUACAUCUGGGAGUGUGAAUAUUAGUAAAGAACUACCGUCUUCUUCAGUCUCCAUCAAUCCUAGCUUUGAAUUUGUUGGUGACCCAGUGAGAAAUGUAAAAGUUCUUGGAAACUAUUUGAUGAAAGCUCGGCAAAAGACUAAACCAAAGUAUGCAGCGCGCUACUUAGUUCGUGUCUUGUUCCCCAAGGAAACGUUAUUGUGCAGCAUUAUGGGAGUGAGUGCACGAGGGCGGAGAACAUUGGAUCCAAACAAAAUUGCUGCAAUAAGAGAAUUUCUUGCAACUAACUUUCCAAGCUAUGAUUUGAGCGAGCAUGGAAAAGACUGGAAAACCUGUAUCACAAAUGUCAAUGCCAUGAUCCGCUGUUUACGUUCUGAAACAAAAGUAAAACCAGAGACAGCAGAAGGGAAAGAAAAAGUGGCUGAUGCUCCAGAUACAUCUCAUUGCGUAGAUUUAAAUUAUAACGAAGAUAGUGAAGGCAAUUUUCAAAACUCUCAGAAAAUGACCAACUCCACAACUGACAAACUGGAGAAUUCAGAACUGGAUAAGUUUCCAGAAGCUUUCCACACACCUUCGGUCAGGAAAACGCACUCUUUGGAACCUAUGGAACUCCUUGGAAGUCCAUGGCGCAACGUUCAGUUGCCUUUCUCAGUCAUUUAUGUAGCUAAGGGGAAGUCUCGGCCAGAGUUGUCAGCUCGCUACCUAAUUCGUCAUAUGUUCACUGAAGAUGUGCUGGUAAAAAGCAAUGUAUAUGGCAAUCUUGAACGUGGCAUGAGCCCACUGGACUGCAACAGAAUUAAUGCUCUCAGAGACUUUCUUCAAGAGAAUUAUCCAUCCUUUGAUCUAAAGGAAACUGGAUAUGAUUGGAAGGCAUGUGUGGCUGCCAUAAACAGCACAAUCCGCAGUCUCAGACAUGACCAUAAAAAAGCUAAGGUUGGAAUCCGACGGAAAGCCUUGGCAGUGCCACGAUUGAAUGCAAAGAGUCCUCCACAGAGUCCUACUUCAGUCAGGCCAUUUGAAAGUGACACUAUCAAUCUCAUGGACUGAAGGUCUCUAACAUCUGUCUCAAAUCUUAAUUCAACAGGUUUUUAUAAAUCCCACGUAGAAACCUAUUACGUUUAGUUGUCUUACUAUGCUGAGUUGUCAGCAGCACUUAAUAGUAUUAUUUCCUGAGACCCAAGUUAGCAAAAGACUUGGGAACACUAAUGCUUUGUGUAAGUAGCAUUUGUGUUCCUCAGAAAUUACUUCCGCAGUUCCCUGUAGCAUUUGCAGUGUGCUCUCCCUUAAAAGCACCUUCUUCUCGUGAUUCAUUGACUCUGAAAGGCUAACGUGAUUAGAAAGGUACACUACACAUCAAGUCGGCAGAAACAGAUAGAAACAUGUGAAGGAAAUAAUAUUCCUCCUUGGUGAAAGACUCAUCGCCAGCUAUAUCUCAUUAUGUGUGAGAAAUGAAAUUUGCUUCCACAAUUGCAUAUUUUAGGCAAAAACAUCCAAUGCGGAAAGUGAAAAGAAUUUUUUUUUAUUGCAUCUAGCUAAUUUGUUCUCUCUUUUUUUGGCCUCCUAUAGCAGUCUUUGUAGGAUAAGGAAAGAGGCAGACAGCAAUGUAAGUACAGUUGGUAAUAUUUUCUUUGCUCUGACUCAGCUGCACAAAAAAGCAUUCAGAACAAACAGUUCAGUGGUUGGUUCUGUUUUUUUCUUUGUGAAAAUUAAGAAAAUAGUUAUUCAGGGGCCUGGUCUGCUGUUUAGUGGCAUAUGUCUCAUCCACUGGUUUGGAUGUCUACAGGAAGCAAAUCUGCUGCAACUUUCAUCUAGAUUUGGAUUCUGAUUCAGAUUUGACAAAUAAUAAUUUCUAUUAGCUUCAAGUCAUUGUUCCUUCAAGUAAAACAAAGGACACAUGCUGUACGGUUGCUAUGCAGAGAUGACCAACAUCAGUGGAAUGCCUUCUCAAGUUCAUAAUCCUACCUUUUAAUACUCAGUUCUACAAGGCUGGGCAUAUUUGCUUUGCUGUGUGGGUAGGCUGCUGUUCUAGAGACUUGUCAUCCUGCCUUCAUUCACUUAAAAUCUUGAAAGAUGUGCAGUGAAUAUUCACUCACAGAAUGGUUGAGUUUGGAAGGGACCUCUGGAGGUCAGUUGAUCUGUUAGCCAUGCUCACACAGGGCCACCUAGAGCCAGACAUCCACCAGUAUGCCCUGAUAGCUUUUGAAUAUCUCCAAGGAUGAAGACUCCACAACCUUCUUGGGCAACGUGUGCUAGGGUUCAGUCACUGUGACAGUGAAAAAGUGCUUCCUGAUGUUCAGAAGGAACCUCCUGUGUUUCAGUUUGUGCUGUUGGCUUCUGGUACUGUCAUGGGGUGCCACUGAGAAGAGCCUGCUUCUAUCCUUUUGGCUCUGUCAUCUUUGCACCCUCUCCUCGGGUAUUCCUAUACACUGAUGAGAUCCCCUUUGAGCCUUCUGUUCUCCAGACUGAACAGUUCGAGCUCUCUUAGCCUUUGCUUAUAGGGAGAGAUGCUCCAGUCUCUUCAUCAUCUUCAUGGCCCUUUGCUGGACUCUCUCCAGUAUGUCUGUGCCUCUGUUGUAUUGAGGAGCCCAGAGCUGGACCCAGCACCCCAAAUGUGGCUUCACCAGCACUGAGAAGGAUCACCUCCUGCUGGCAGUAUCCUCCUAAGGCAGCCCUGGAUACCAUUAGAUUCUCUUGUGGCAAGAGCUCAGUGCUGGUUCAUGUUCAACUUAGUGUCUGCUACGACAUCCCAGGGUAUGCUUGUCCCAUCAUCCAGAUGAUUAAUGAAGAUAUUAAACAGGAUCAUACCCAGUACUGACUCUUGGGAUAGACCAGUAGUCACUGGCCUUGAUCUAGACUUUGUGUUGCUGAUCAUCACCAUCAGGGCCUUGCCAUUCGUCCAGUUUCCAGUCCACCUCACUGUCUCUGCUCCUCUAGCCCACAGAGCAGCAGCCUGUCAGGAACUUAGAGGCAACGGUGUCACAGGCCUUCCUCAAGUCUAGGUAGACAAUAUCCACUGCUCUUCCAGGCCACUCAUUUUAUCAAAGUUGAUCAAAUUGGACAAGCAUCAAAUUUCCUUGGAGAAGCUAUGCUGUGACUACUGCUGAUGAUUUUCUUGUUAUUCAUGUGCCUUUCUCUUACUUGUUUUUUCAGCAUCAGUGACACAGUUGUCUCACUGUCUUCAUAUUGGCUAUCUGGUGUGUGAAUUUGCUUUGCCACUUGAAUUAUGUCUGAGUGUAGUCUCAGGUGUCCAAGGUUUUCACAGGAAGAAACUUCUCAGGAGGCUGACACGGGGAACCAGUUUCAUCUCUCAAAGUUGCUCCAGCUGUAGCUUCCAAAAUUAUGCCAGUGUAUAUAGCAGAACAAGAUUUAACUAAAUCUGUCCUUUCCAAGGCAAAAGUUUCCCCGUUUUGUUUUUCAUUAGCAAUAGGAUAAAAUAGUGAAGUUACUUCUUCUCAGUUUAGUUCCUAUCCAUAACAAACAGACUUAUAUACAGAAUUAGAUCAGCUUUUUUAUUGCAAGUUAGGAAAUGCAAUGGCCUUAUCAGACAUUAAAUUUGUAAUUUAAGUUACCCCUACCACCUCCUUGCAGAAGUCUUCUGCAGGAUUUUGAAGAGGCUGAAUUUCUGAUCAUUUCUACUAGAACUGUUGUACUGCAAAUUUGGUUGUUCUUGUUUGCUACUAACAAAUUCUGCUGUUACUGUUCUAUACAAUUGUUCUUGUAAAUGCCAAGAACUUUGUUGGUUUAGGUAUUACUGGUUCCAAACCUCAGAAAAAGCCAAAAAUGCUUAUAUUUUUUCAGUAGCUUGAUGAAACAGUUUCACUGUCCUUCACAGAUUUUAAUGGUAGAGUGAUAUAUUUAUUGAAUGAGAUGUCUGGCACUGAAAUCUGUUGUGUGGUGCAUACCUAUAGCUUCCAUGUUGAAAAGAGAAUUGAGUAAUUGAAUAAAAGUAGAAAUAGUUUUCUUGUUUCUGUUUCAAAUGUAUUAAUUUUUGCUAACUUUUAUAAAAUAAAUUUACAGUAUUUUGCUGUUAGGAAUAAAGUAUUUUACAAAUAAAACUAGCAUACAGCUCCUUCACUACAUACAU